UGGGCUCAUCACAAUGAAGAGCGAAAGUGAAGGAGAGGGAGGAACAAAGUACCAUAGUUACACGUAAAACUUGCGGUACCACGACAGGCCCGGGGGGGUGGAAAGGAAUCAAAAGAACAGACAAGAGGAAGAAUGGCGUUGGACUGGGGGGGGCAAAUACGAUUGGCGUCAAAGUGCGAGGGGAGGCCUGAUAAACAUAUCAGUGGUUGUGGUCUUUCUUUUCUUGGCGAACAAUUCAUGUGAACCCUUUCCGUCCAAACUCCUUUGUUUCUUUUGUUCAUCCUUUUUCUUUUCUUGGACUUGAGGCCAAGGGUGAACUCGCGAAUAGGGUCAAUCGUUACGGAGAGUUCGAUGCCGUGAUACCCUUUCGUGUGUUUUUUUUUCUCCCCUUCUCUCGUCAUCUGUCAUCUUCCGUUCUCCGUAUCUCUUUUGCGCUCUUUUUGGUUUCUUCUGUACAAACUACCCGGCGGCAGGGUCCGCAUUGUUAUUCUCCCGACUCCCAGGCGGAUCAUAGGUUUUGGGUCUGUUGUGGUCCGGGACCUCGCAGCGACUUUUUUUUUUCUUCUUUUUUCGAUAUCAACAUCGAACUCGACUUGUUCUCAAUGUCACCAGCUUGCUUCAACUGAACAGAGCAGGUUCCUUUUGGGGGGCAGUUUGGGCCGCCAGCAACCGAUCGAUUCGCAAAUCAGCUCUCCGAUAUCCAACAAGAUGGAGGGCAACUUCAGGUUGAGGCGUGCGCGCGUGGCGCGUGGCGUGAUGGAUUUGGACAUGGAGGCUCUGAGGAAGAGGCAAGAGCAGCGCUUGGCCAUGAAAGACGGAUCGCUCUCGGCGAGGUCCUCACCCGGCUCGGGCAAGUCGACUGGUAAAUCGACGGGCAAGUCAGACGGCCAUGAUUCGCCGGAUACUCCAGAUUUCAGAAGGCCGCAACCGCCAGGCAGGCCUUCGAUCGGGCAGCCUCUGCGUCUUUUGCCUCCGUCGUCUGUUCCUCCACCAGCAGCGCUGAAUCCGGAAAUUCCCUCUCGCCCAAAUCCCUCCAGGCCCGAAAUCACCGAGCCCCCUUCCAGGCAGAGGCCGUCGCCUCCGCGCAUUUCGACGACUGCUUUCGUACUCCCGCCGCCGGUGAACAAUGCUGGGUCACCACAGACAUCCAGGAGCCCGGACACGCCCAAGACAACCAAGAAGUCCUCGUUUUCGUCCUCGACUGAGUCGACCACGACGACGAGCUCAAGCUACACGUCUAUUUCCUCGACAUAUGCAUCGACCUCAACUUCCUCGCCAACCUCGACUUAUUCAACAUCAACCUAUUCAAGCUCGUCUACAUCGACAUCCAAGACGAGCAUUCCGGCCACCAGCGCUGCAUCAACCCGGGUUGAAACCACCACUUCGGGAGUGGCCCCACCUCCGCCGCCGCCUUCGAGUUACAAGGCAGGAUCCAGCGCUGCAACGACUGCUGCAACGACCGACCGCACCACCAUGUUGACCAUGCCACUUCCGAGCACAUACACUUCGCAGGCAGGUUCAACAACACUCUUGCUUGCCCCGGCUCCCGUCAGGACGACUGCUCCGUUUGUCAGUGGCACAAUGGGCAUCCCCGUGGUCACGGGCGCUGAGCCGAAGCCCACCGACGUAUCUACAACUCGCCAGCCCACCCAGACGAUGGCGCCGCCCCCUCCUUUGGUUCCUGUAGGAACCGGAGGCUCCGGCUCUGGCUCCGGAAGCAACUCUGGCGCCAUGGCCGGCAUUACCGUCGGAACAAUCGCCGGUGUUGGCAUGUUUGCUGCCCUCAUCUUUUAUUUCUACAAGAAAUACAAGCGAGGGCAAUUCCUCAACACGUCCUAUGUGGACGGUUCCCGCGACGGCCCCGGAGGACCGAAGCAACCAACCAUAUUCACCACCAUCCAGGAGCGCUUCCACACCAUCGCCGCACCGGUAUCCGCUCGCAUCGGCGAACUCAAGGAGAAGACCCUGGGCGGUGGCAGCAGCAGCAGCAGCAGCAACAACAGCCAGGCGCGGGGUGUUGCCGGAGGUGCGGCCGCCGGAGCAGCAGUCGGUGGCGUGGCGGCUGGUGGUGCGGCCGCGGCCGACGUCGACCCCAAGACGCAGUCGCAGAUCAUCAACGAGAUGUUCCAGGCUGCGUUCGCGGCCGAGAACGGCAUGGGCGGCGACCGCGAGUCGGCCUACAGCAGCGGCUACCCGGCCGACAAGGCCAUCUACUUUGGACAGCAGGAGAUCCCCCAGGGCACCAUCCGCGAGUCCAUGAGCAAGUGGCUGCGCGCGAGCAGCAUCAACCCGCUCCAGCAGAACCCGGCGCGCGACUCUUCGCAGUCCAGGUUCACGGCGCCCUCCUGGACCCGGUCCGAGAGGUCCUCGACCGCCUCGUCCAUGCUGAGCGAGGGCGACGGCGUCACCAGCGGCGUCAACAGCGGCCUGUUCCCACCCGGCUUCCGCCCCGCGUCUCCUCUCGCGCCUCCCGUCCCGCCGAUCCCGCAGACGGCCAACAUGCAGUCCCGAUGGUCCGAGUCGACGCGCGCGGCCCCCGACACGCCCACCGCGCCGCCCGCGACGCUGGGGGUGCCCAACAUGCAGUCGCGCUGGUCCGCAUCGACGCGCGCGCCGCCCGACACGCCGAUGCCGCCGGCGCCCAACAUGCAGUCCCGCUGGUCCGAGUCGACGCGCGCGCCGCCCGAGACGCCGUCCGUGUCGCACGACAGUCUCUACAGCAUGUACAGGCGCGACACGCAGAUCAGCGGCGCCACCGACAGCGUCGUCCCCGAGGUGCCCGAAUGGUGGAGGACCGAGCAGCAGCGGGCCAGCAGCAACGCCCUGGGCUCCGACGCUGGCAGCGCCGGCCUGCCCACGCCCUCCAGCAGGGCUUCCGACGCCCGCCUGUCGCUCAAGCAGCCCGUCCCUGAGCUCCCUCGCGGCGCGUCCCAGGACAUUGCGGCUAGGCUUGAGGAUCAGGGGAGGAUGUGA